UUAUGGAACACCGACACGCAAUAUUACUCUGUCGUCAAUUGGUUAACUCAAAUUUCAGUUCACAUUCCAACAUUUCCAAUUCUAUUUGUAUUAAUUAAUCACUCAUAAUAAAAGUCCAGAUCUCCCAAAAUGCAGUUCUUAUUCUAAUUAUUAUAGAUUUUCGACUCUUCUUCCGGCUUCUAGAAUCUUCCAUUUUUCCUAGUGCGCUGGAGUUUUUGAAAUGAGUUAUCGAAGGGAUCAUCGAGCUCAUAGAGCUGCUCUUUUUGAUAACUAUGAUAAUAUUGAGGAAGGUGGUAUACGGGCUUCAUCUUCCUAUCCCCGUGAUAUUGAUGAACGAGACAAUGACAAAGCUGUGGAUAGCUUACAAGACCGAGUCAGCUUUUUAAAGAAAUUAACAGGUGACAUACAUGAGGAGGUGGAGACCCACAACAGGAUGCUAGACCGAACAGGGAAUGAGAUGGAUUCAUCUAGAGGAAUUAUGUCAGGAACCAUGGAUCGGUUCAAGAUGGUGUUUGAGAAGAAAUCAAACCGGAAAGUGUGCAAACUUGUUGGAUACUUCGUGCUUUCCUUUUUCCUAAUAUACUACAUAUUUAGGUUUCUCAUGUAUUUCAUGUAUGGUUGAGGCAGGAUUACUAAGAUUGUUCUCCAAACUAAUUGGUCACACUACAAUACACGACAUAUAUAACUGGCAUCUUCUUCAAUCUUAUGGGAAAGCUGGCACAGUAAAUUGUAUAUUUCGUGUUGUGUCAAGUCAAACACAGCUGAUGUUUGCAGUGAAAAGGAAGAGAGACAAUUCUUUGAAGUUUGAAUUUUUCUUAUAGAAAACAAUGUGGUGUAACUUGACAAAGAAUUGUUGGUUUUUGACCUGUAUAGUAAGCUUAUUCCCAUGCUAUGCUGAUGACGACUUCUAUUUUACUGAAAAUAUUUAAAAGUCAAGUGACUUUUACCAAUGUCAUUGUGCAGGCAUUAUUGAACGGAAUUUGUGCAAGGGUAACCUCAAAUAAUUGUUUCUU